AUGCCGGCAAACCCUGAGAAAAGAAGAGGGCGCACUGGUUGCCGGACUUGUCGCAUUCGGCGAGUAAAAUGUGAUGAGGACCGGCCCGUCUGUCAGCGGUGCUGCUCGACUGGCCGGGUCUGUGAUGGCUAUGAAGUGCCCAGUGUUGCUGCGCGUCAGACUGCUCAGAAAUACAAGGGGAAGAGACUAUUGCAGCCACAAGGACUCGGCAACCAGAAUCAUAUACUAUGCAUGAACGGCAGUUAUGGACUUAAUCUUUCAGUGGCUGAAAGUACCAGUUUCGACUUCUUUCGGCGCCAGUCUGCCCGCGAGAUUCCGGGAUAUUUCAUUUCAUCGGUGUGGGAGCAACUCAUUCUGCAGCUGAGCCAUAGAGAGCCAUGCAUCCUCCAUGCAGCAGUGGCAGUGGGUGCAAUGCACCGGCUCUUCGGAGGCCAGUGUCCUUCUCUCCUUGCAGGCAGCAAUUUCCUUGAGCCUGCAAACCCCUUCGCGAUCAGACAAUACGUGAAGUCAUUGAACCACCUCCGAAGCCGACUUGCAGGAUCACCAAACGACGACAGCUGUGGGGUGGUUGCUCUAGCCGCGUGUCUGUUGUUUAUCUGCCUUGAAAUGCUCCAGGGAAACAGACCGACAGCAGUUGCUCAUCUUCGGACGGGACUGCGGAUCUUGUCAGGGCUUCAUGUGCAAUUUUUGAAGCUGGAUCCGCGGCAGGGAAGCAUCAGUCUGGAAUUAAGUUCUGAGACAGAGCAUACUCCUCUGGGACAGCUUGCUAGAGUCUUUACUAGACUGGACUAUGAGGCUACCAUGUUCGGGGAGCAGACACCAGUCCUUGCUCUCCUCCCUGCCGACAACCAGUUGGGCAUUCCAAAAGCAUUCGCGAGUGUCGCCGAGGCAAAACAGUCUCUUGAUCUUCUUGCAAACGCUGCCUUCCGAUUUCGAGGCGAGUUACUCCGCCUAGCAGCGUUGGAGAUCGGAGACGAGCUCACCGAGAUGGACCUCGCUGUCCGGCAUUGUCUGCAUCAUUCGCGGGCACGAACCGUGAACCUAUGCCAUCACCCGACACUACAAGAGCAACAAGACAACCUAGUUACAAAUCUGGCUCGGUGGUCAUCUGCAUUCAAGGCUCUUUCCAUACACCCGUUAUACUCAUAUGCGCGGCCUACUCUCUUGCUAGAGAUCCAGCAUUUCUACCUGCACUUCCUAAUAUCAACCAUUCGCGACACAUACGAACAAUCUUGCGACCGUUUUGCUGAUACUUUCAAACGCAUCGUCCGUCUAUCAGAGAAGUUCAAUGACGGCGUGGCACCCUCCACCUACAUGCAAUCCCCAUCUCUCCCCGGCUUAACAUUCACCCUGGAGUCCGGCAUAAUUCCAGCCUUGUAUAUAACUUCUGUUAAAUGCCGUGACAGAGAUAUAAGACGUGCAGCUAUCUCAUUGCUUCAGAGUACUACGUGCCAGGAAGGGAUGUGGGAGGGAGCCUUAAUGGCUCGGUUCAUGGAGGAGGUGGCCAAGUUGGAGGAGAAGGCUGCCAGAGAUCAAACAGGAGAGGAUGCGGUCACUGCAUGUGAUAUUCCUGAGCAGGCGCGGUUCAAUGAUGUUGUCGUUGCUGUAUCAGAGAGGCCAGGGUAUGGACGGCUGGUGUAUGCGAGGUUUUUGCAUGAGUCUACUGGUGAGCUGGUGGUGUCGGAGGAGUGUUUUAAGUUGUAG